AUUGCCGGCAUAAAAUAACAACUGUAUUCACAUUUGUUAUUUAUUAUUGCUGCCAAAAGGUUUUGUAAACUGCAUUUAUUUUGAAAUCAUCUAUUGAAAAUGUCCCGCAAAGAGGCCCUGUCGCAGUUCAUCAAUCAGAUACACGGACGCCCCGUCGCCGUAAAGCUGAACAACGGCGUUGACUAUCGAGGUGUGCUGGCCUGUCUGGAUGGCUACAUGAACAUCUGCCUGGAGCAGACGGAGGAGUACGUGAAUGGGCAGCUGAAGAACAAGUACGGCGACGCCUUCAUCCGCGGCAACAAUGUCCUCUACAUUUCCACGCAGAAGCGGAGGGUCUGAAUACAGGAGGGUCUCAACUGGCAUGGCACCAUGAAGUUCGUAGUUAGAGAACUCUGAUUCCUCUGUUUCCUUCAGAGGGAACCUGCGACAACACAAGUGUUUCAUACUUCAAUAUUAAAGCUGAACCAACUUCUC